AAGAGAUACAAGUUUAAAUGUUUUUUCUUCGACUGGCAACACCGACGACAAUUGUCAUUUUCAGCUGGCCGUAAUAAUAAAUAAAUUUUAAUUGUUUAUCAUACAAAUAUUAUAAUUUCAAUAUUGUUAUUAGUGAUCUAAUAGUGUAAUUAGUGUCGAUUGUUGUUUGUGUACAGUUUAGUGGUGUAUUACUUGCAAAAAUCGACAUUACAAAUAGUGUACCGGCCAUCUGUCAAACUGUUCGUGAACAACUAAGUUUUAUUCAAAAUUAUUUUGCAAUUGUUUCUUGGAUUUAUCCCAAGAAACUCAUAAUCAUUGCAAGUUUUACAUAAAAUAUUCAUAUUAAGUUAAAUUAAUAAUAAUUAUAGUGAAGUUCGGUUGUUGCAUACGUCGAAGGAAAAAAAUACCCACUAAUUUAAUUGAACCCACUCGUGUAACCGCUACGACUGCUACUUGUCUUGACAAUGUUUUUUGUAACUGUAACGUCGGAUACUAGAAGAGCAGAUGCAUUUGAUCUACGUUACUCUGCCCAACAACUCCGGAAUGAAACUCGGAUCAAGACCGACUGGGAUAGCUACCAUAACAACAAUCGACUUAGAGCAAGAAUCUAUGAAAUUGAACAAUGGAAGUCAACACUACAAGAGCUUCUCGAACGCUUAGACAGAGAGAUGGCGGCCCUGAAAGAAGAAAAGGCUUCUACUGAAAGAGAAUUGGAGCUACUAAAUAUGCCUCUUCUAGUCUGUUCUGAAUGUUUAUCAAAUAGAGAUGGGAGAAGAAGUACAGAGUUGACUUACGACCUUGCUGAUACUGAGCUGAAAAAAGAGUUAUGCGUAACGGAAAGUAACAAGAAAAUGUUAAUUGACCGAUGUCAAUCAGCGUGGGAGAAGAUUAACAAGUUGGAAGUGGUUAAAUUCAAACUCCAACUAGACUUGAAUGACAAAAACGAAGCUCUGCAAAUCGACAAAGACAUGCUCAAUUUGGACAAGGAUUGCGCCAACAUCACGUACAAAACUGAUUCGUUGAAGAAUCCGAAAAGAAUGAUAACAUAUAACCAAUGGCUUGAGAAAUGCGAAUCCAUAAAGAAAAUGGCAAUGGAUGAGUUGCAAGACACGUUGCGUUUGCGUGAAGCUCUCUUUGUAGCGAGAGGACGAGCAAGGAACGCUCUUCGGGCACAAACUGAUGUUACCAAUUAUAUGCUACGCAGACGUAUAUAUGAUACGCAAAGAGCGAGGAAUGAGUUGGAAUGGCAAAAAAUGAAGAUGGAAGAAAACAUGGACAAGCUGAAUACUGAAUUAAAAACAAUAGGUGAACAAUUCGCUGACAAGGUUAACGCGCUGAAAGUGGCGGAGACCCGCUUAGAAACCCGUGGAUACAGACCCGGCAUUGAGCUAGCUGGUGAUGAAGCCGAUAUAGGUCUGAAGGAGGAAGUCCGAAAUCUCAGAGAGACUAUCCGACAGUUGCAGGAUAAGCGGGACUGCGCUAAAGCUACUUACAACGCGCUAGAAGCUACCUCUAUCAAGAUUGCAAUAGAUUUGAACGACAAGAACCAAUCUUUAGAAACAGAUAUUCGAGCAUUGGAAAUGAGAUCCGCCCUAGAACCUAAGAGACCUCAAGGCACUGAUAAAAAUCUGAUUCUCGCAAGCAUGGCUGAUGAAAUACCGAAUGUCGAGAACUAACAUUUGAACACAAGGACGAAUUUAUCAAAACGAAAUGCUUCAAAAUUUUAUAUAAUAAAUUUACUAAUGUAUCAAACUAUCUGACCUCUUGACUCCUUAUAUCCUUGAGUCCAAAUAUCACAAUCCACGGGACGAUAUGGUAUUCGGACUAAUACUAAUUUAUCACUUUUUUGUCUACCUAUAGAAAACAGCAUUAAAUUUCCACACAAUGCAAUAGUGGAAAUCGCAGCUAAAUCGGUUGAGCCGUUUCCGAGACGUACCUACACACAUACAGUUAUAGGGACAAAAAUUCUAACACACAUUAUUUUCGUAAUAAUAUAUAUUCUUAUAUACCUUCCAGUACAGAACAGAGAGGUACAUCUGUGUAUAUAUGGUAUAAUUCUGCUUUUUUUUUAUGCUAUACUCAAAUAUAUGUAUGUAUUUAGUAAGGCUGUUUCUUGUAUUUAGUAAUAGAAAAUGCAAGAUUAAUGUAGCCUGAGGUUUAUAAAUCCCGUUUUAUACAUAUCAUGUUAGGAUUAUUAUAAUUUUUUAAAUAUAAUAGGCCUCUCGUGUGCAGUGAAUACCUAUUAAAAAUUUGUAUAUUUACAUCGGCGAAGUAUACGAUAACGCAAAUCCUAUUAUGUAAUAUUUUUCACCAGAUUCUUUCGCUAUUAUUAUAAACACUCUGUAAUUAUUUUAUCUAUAUUUAUCAGUACAGUAAAGUUAUUCUCUGGCUGUCUAACUAUUGUAGCUAAUAAUAAAUUCAGUACUUAACCCAAAUCCAUGUUAAAUCUUCAGUGACACGUUCAUAUUGUAACUGAAUUGAUGUAGUAUCAGAUUGAGUUUCGACCCGUAGCAGUUUCAACGUCGUAUAUCUUGCGGUUUUGACCAGAGCGAUUUGAUUGGUUUCCAGUUUCAGAACUCUAUCAAGUGUAACUGUUGGGAAUGUAGUUUUAAGUUCCGAUUGUCUGUGAAGUUGAAAAUUUAUAGUUUAAAGUUAUAUUUAGUAAAAUAAACAUUG